AUGGACUGGGCGACAAGGCUCAAAGUAGCUUCAGGAGCAGCUCGUGGAAUAGCGUACCUACAUGAGGAUUGUAAGCCUUCUUAUUGCUUGAUGUUAGAUCAUAUGGCCUCACUAAGUAUUUCUGAUUUUGUGAUUUACCUGAUAUUUCUCUAUUUUCCAGGUCAUCCUCGGAUUAUCCAUAGGGACAUAAAAUCCUCAAAUAUCUUAUUAGACUACAACUUUGAAGCUCAGGUGAUCCACUUUCUCCACGCAGUGUUAUAAAUCCUACAAAGCUAAUAUUUCUUGGGAUAGAAAAUUAAUAUUAUUUAGGAUUUUUUUUCUUUUUAAUUUCAGGUGUCUGACUUUGGUCUUGCAAAGUUGGCUAUGGAUGCCUACACACAUGUGACCACGCGUGUGAUGGGAACAUUUGGGUAUAGAGCCCCCCCCCCCCCCCCCUCUUUUUAUUUUAAUAAACAUUUUGGAUUGUGAUGGAGUACGCAUUAGACAUCUGAUGCUAUAUUUGGCCUGGCAGCUACUUGGCACCAGAGUAUGCGUCGAGUGGCAAGUUGACCGAUAAGUCAGAUGUUUACUCUUUUGGGGUAGUUCUUCUGGAGCUUAUCACUGGUCGCAAGCCUGUCGAUGUGUCUCAGCCCCUCGGCGAUGAGAGUCUGGUCGAAUGGGUAAGCUACAAAAAGUCAACCCUAUGCAUUCUAUUUUUCUGCAAUUAUAGAAAAUAACUUAACCAUCAGAAAAUGAUAGGUUUCCUGCUUGUGCGACCAUAUCAGAGAUAUUUUAUUUAUUUAUUGCACCAUAUCUAAAUACUUUAUGGGAUUUUCAAAAACAACAAAAAUCAUUGGCUUUUCAGGCCCGGCCGCUAAUGUUUCAUGCGCUUGAAACUGGAGUCUUUGACGAGUUACUGGACCCAAGGCUUGGAAAGAGCUACAAUGAAAUUGAAAUGUUCCGGAUGAUUGAAGUUGCAGCUGCUUGUGUGCGGCAUUCAGCAGCAAUGAGGCCUCGCAUGAGCCAGGUAAUGGACUUUUCUCGGAUCGAGAAUCUUUUCUUUUGCGUUUCAAUUUAAUUUUUUUGUGGCACUAAAUCGUUAGAAUUGAUGCAUAUUUUGCUUCUCCAAUCAUGGGAUGGUUCUAUCACGUCCACUAAGUCCAAGAAUAAUCUUGAUAUUCCAACUUUUUUUUUCCCCCAGAGUGGAAUACUCGAGCAAAUUACUUCGACAUUAAAUGGAUGUUCUUGUGGGUUUAUUGGUUUAUUUAUUUAUCUAUUUUCCAUUUGAGGUACUGAGAGCUCGAGAUAAUUAUUUUAUUUAUCUGUUCAUUUAUUUCCCAAUGGGGAGGGGGGGGCGGAGGACUGUUCCAGCUACUUCAUGCUGAAUUAAUCAGACAUCAUCUUGGUCAGAAAAGCUCCAACCUUCGUCCUCUCACUCGGGCUUUUCUUUUUUUUUUAAUUUUAGGUGGUGAGAGCUCUAGAUGGUAUAGGCAACUCCGACGAUCUACACAACGGCAUGAAACCGGGGGAAAGCGAGCUGUUCCACACGGCACAGCAGUCAGAGGAGAUCAGACUGUUUCAGAGGAUGGCCUUUGGGAAUCAAAACUACAGCACCGAUUUCAGCCAGACCAGCUGGAAGAGUUGA